ACGGAAAAGAAAAAGAGAUUCAAGUUUAGCGUUGGAAAAUCAAGAUCGGAUUAGGGAUUUAGGGUUCUUCGACGCCAUGAAUGGGCAUAGGCCAAAGCUGGAUUGUGUAAGGGACAAGAAGACGAAGAAGAUCGAAGACCGUACACAGUCUUCGAAAAGAUUGGAGGAACUAAAAAACGCAGAUUCGAUUCCUCAGGAGCUGAAGAUGGAGAUUCUGUUGAGGUUGCCUGCGAAAACCCUAGUGAGGGUCGUCUCUGCGUCGAAGCUCUUUGUACCAAUCAUUCGUCGUCGGGAUCUCAUCAACUCGUUCCUUUCUCAGUCACUGACUCGCCCACGUUUUCUCUUCACAUUAUCAAACAGAAACAGUAUGUUGUUCUUCUCCUCUUCGCCUUAUGACAAUGCCCAGCCGUCGCUAGAUCGUAGGAAAUGUCUGGUUCCGGAUUCGUUCUACAUGGCGUCUCGCUCUGUCGGUGGCUUGAUCUUGUCUAAUGCUGCUGCUCAAUUGCUAAUAUGUAACCCCACAACAGGACAGGUCAGAACAUUACCCAAAAUCAGAUCUAGAAGAAAGGGCGUAACAAGCUUUUUCGGAUAUGAUCCGAUCGAUCAUCAGUACAAAGUGUUGUGUAUGACGCAGUUAAGGAUUUAUCAUCGCCACGAGAAUAAGCACGUUGCAACGGGGGAGCAUCAAGUUUUGACAUUGGGAGCUCAAGAAAAGUGGAGAAUGAUAGAAUGUAGUGUUCCUCAUUGUCCUGCGACUGAUGGGGUAUGCAUCAAUGGAGUUGUAUAUUAUGGAGCUUGCACUGGUAAGGAUAUGAACGAACUUGUGUUGGUGAGCUUCGAUGUGAGGUCUGAAGAGUUUGGGUUUAUCAGAUUGCCGGGGGAUGUAGAAAAGUCACGUCUUUUCCAUCUAACUUUGAUAAACUACCAGGGGAAAGUAGCCGUUGCUGAUGGAGGACCUUUUGUUGGUUAUGAUUUGUGGAUUCUGGAGGAUGCUAAGAAGCACGAAUGGUCGAAGAUACAUGUUUGGCAUAAGUACUUCGAUGAUAAAAAUCUGUUUGUCAUUGGCACGACUACUUCCCAUGAAAUUAUCUUUGCACCAAUGCAUUUCCGUCGUCCGUUCUAUGUUACCUACUACAAUGGCAAGGGAAACAGUAUCAGAAGAGUUAAGAUUGAAGGCAUCGACGAUCAUGGAUAUAGAAAUAGGUACUUGGGAUUAUCGAGUGAUUUUUGUAGGCAUGUGGGAUUGUCAAGCGAUUUUUGUAGAAUCUGGACCUUCUCGGAUCACGCCGAGAAUAUCAUGCCUUUGUGAAGAGAGUCCUCUAUCGGGUCAGACCUCCUACUGGUUCCUGGCCUCCCCAUUUCCUCGUAAAUUUUCUCUAACCCGAUAGGAGAUGGGAUUAUCCGGAAUUUAGAGAUGAACGUAUAUGUAGACAGUUUUCAUCUGUAGUAUCUCGUAACAUUUUCACUGUGGAUGUCUGCUUCCAUGAAUGGAGGUUUGCUCCUACUACAUAUAAUGGCAUUUGCAGCCUCCCCUAUUCUAAGCUCACGUUGUGGAUACAAUAUGUUAGGAAGUGUGGGAAAUCUAGCAUGAGGCAAGUGCUACAAGAAUACCAUAUAUAUAUACACACACACACAUAUAUAUGUAUGUAUAACAUCUGUUUUAUUGAAGGCUGUGUAUGUACUAUGUAGGAUUCCAUU